ACGAAACCCAUACGCGUGAUUCGGUCGGGUGUCAAUUUGUUGUGAAACUUUUUUGAAAUUAUGGGUUCGCGACAAGAUUUAAGUUUGGAAAGUAUUCGCGAAUUUAUUCUACAACGUGGUGGAACAGUAACAAAUCAUGAUCUUGUCAAACAUUUCAAACCAGCACUCACAAAUCCAGAAACAAGAGCUGAGGCCAGAAAUGAGUUCAAAGAGAACGUCAAUACACUGGCCACAAUUGUCAGAGGAGAAGAGGGAGAAAAAUACCUCAUCCUCAAGAAACGCUUUCGUCACCCUGAAACGUUCACCCCUGGUGGUAGUUCCUCACGUAGCAGUGUAGUAAGCAGUCCACCCCCCUACACUCCUGACCCACCAUUCUUGGGUAUACCCACAUCUCCCCUCCCCACUCCCAGCAAUUUCAGUCCUGGAAAUUAUCCCUUAGGCACCCCUAGCAAUUUUUCAGCCUCUCAGGACAGUUUCGAAAAUUUUUUCACCCCUACAAACCGUCAACCCCCGCCCUAUCGGCCUCCUCCGCCUCCUGUUUCCACACCUCAAAGGGGGGGCUCUAGUUCUCAAAUUCCGACAUCCCAUACUAACCUCACGUCUCAAAAUCUCAACUCGUUUCCGCAAUCCCUCUCGUCUUCUAACUCGUCCUCAUUUCCACACUCCCCUCCAGCCAACUUCUCGUUUCCGCACUCCCCUCAAUCAUCAAUCCCGAGAUCCCCUUCAGCUCCCCUAGUUUCCAGAUCUGCUAGUGUUGCUUCCCUAUCUCCCUCUACUUCUUCCACGGCUUCCUUCUCCUCCUCCACCUAUCAGCUCUCCUCCUCCUCCUCGUUUGCCGAUCCCCCUCCCCCCGUUCCGCCUCGGCGAAAAAGUUCUGAAAAAAUCAAAAUGGAUACCUUCAACAACAACAAUGUGAACAAUAAGGAGAACGUUGUCGGCGAACUGAACAAACGGCCAAAAACAAUCGGUGCAGAGGCUGAGAGUGAGGAUAACUCACAAGUUGACGCCGAAUCGAAAAUCACAGUGAAAGAGUGCAUGCAGAAAUUCAAUCGGCUCGCCUCUGAAAGUGCUCUGCAAAGAUCACAGUUCCCUAGCAACAAGAAGAAAUCCGGGAAGGAAACUCCGGAACGUGAUGAGGAAGAUUCAGUUUCGUUGGAUCCGAAAGCACGUGAAUGGCAGGUUAGAGCUGCCCAAUGUAAUUACCAGGCAUUGGCGAAAAUGGCGGGUGAAAAUCAUCGGCUAGCACGAUUAAAGUGUCCUUUCACGACUGCUUUACAUUGGGCCGCAAAGCAUGGAAACGAAGAUGUGGUGAAACUACUUGCCGGAACUUACAAAGUGGAAGUUAACGCUGUCACCAAUGGGGGAUAUACACCGCUACAUCUGGCUAUGCAAUUUGGUCAUGAAGAAAUUUAUAAUCUUCUUGUACAAGUGUAUGGAGCUGAUCCGAAUUUGAGAGACCACAGCGGCAGAAAACCGCGCCAGUAUCAGACCAAUAAGGACACUGCCGUAUCAGCCGACACGUUUCGCAAAAUCAAGGCGCGGAAGAAACACGCAGAGAAAGAUUUGGGUUUCCUGAGAAUUGGGUCACUGAACGUGCGAGUGAAACGAACAACGGAGGCUUUCAGUAAUUUUCUGGGAGUCGGAGCAACAAAUAUGGAGAAAAUGCACAAAACAUGGGGCUCUGCCGACAAUAUUCCAUUGGAGGACAAUAUGAAAAUGCCGCCGCCCAAAUUUGCACCAAUCAAAAAGCGGAAAUCGCGGCGCGGCACCGCUGAUUUCGCCGCUCGGCCGCUUGGUAGCGCCACCAGUCGCGAGGAAUUGGCCGCAUCAGCUGAUUCCUGCUCUGACGUCAUCAGCAGUCACGUGCUAGCGGAAGAGGAGGAGGAGGUGAAGGCGAGGAGUGCCGGCGAGGAGGGGGAGGAGGACAGGAUGAGGAGGAGGAGGAGGAGAAGUAGGAGUGGCGAGGGGGGAAAUGAUUCGGACUCUGAUACGGCGGCUGGGUUUGGGUCGAACUGGCAGACUACUGUUUGAAAAUUUAAACAGUAAACUUUUUUGGAAAAAUUAUAGGUGUGUGCACAAAGAGAGCGGUCUAAAGUUGGAUUCCAACAUAUCAGUGACAGUAAAGUGAUCGUACAGUGAGAAUGAUUAUUAUUCCCAUAAGUUCAAAUGGGAUUGUUCAUACUCGGUCGUGCUAAGUGUGAACAAUCCAAUCUGAACUCAUGGAAAUUAUAUUUCCACUGUUUUUGUCACUUUCACUGGCAUUAAUAUGUGGGAAUCAAGCAAAGGUCCAAUUCCUAAGCGGUGACCUAACCGAUAUGGUUGUAGUGUAUUACUGUAUAUUAUUGUAGUUUGUAUAAAUGUCGAUUGUCGACUACAAACGUUCUUACAGGGUUCUGGCCAGACGUUAAGGUUACACCUCUAAGUUGGCACCUUUCUGUUUUCACAUAUCCCGUGAGGUAUGACACGCGAGCUACUACCCAUCGGCCCUGCCAAGUCACAAGGCGAGUAUUUCAAUCAAUCAAUCAAAGUCUAUUCAUCGAAACAAUUACGAUAAAAUUAGUAUAUUGUGACAUUUAUUAUGAAUAAAACAAAAAAAUAUAAAAACAAAUUUCUAUUCAUUAUCUGAGAAUCAGAACAUUUCGAUCAAUAUCAACCAACCAAUAUUGUCAUUCAAGAGUAUAAACUCAACCUACCCCAUUGAAACAUAAUUGAACACAAUCCUUAAGGCUAUUUAGACAAUUGAAAUCUACCCAUUCUAGGAUCUUCACCCUGUCUUGGGGCGGCAUUUACGCACAAACAAAAACCCACCCUAAGAACAAUGGAUUUCGGAACACCUGACCGCUCUUUGUGUGUAUAUACCCUAAGAGCUUGUUCACAUGACAGCGAUUUACGCUCGAUUGGCAAAUCGCUCGGUUAUGAUAAAUAAUUACUAGGUACAACAUCUAUGUACUCAAUCUUAAUAUCUUAAUCUAUGUACCUAAUCACUAUAUUACUCUUAAACAUAUAUAUUACUGCUCUGAUCGAAACCGCUCGGUUGACUGAAGACAUGUGUACGCUCUCAUGCCUGCUCUAGUAUAUCGAGCCGCCCGGCAACCGAGCGACAACCGAGCGGUUGUAGUCUGAGACUAUAUCGGCACCAUGUGUUUCCCUAAACCUGGCAAUCGCUCGGUUGGUCAAUCGCGCGACAACCGAACGUAAAUCGCUGUCAUGUGAACAGGCUCUAAAUAUUUACAUUCCAAGUGACAAUACUAUUGUAAAAUAUACUUUGGACCAGUCAUUACUGGUCUAAUGGAAAGCGUUGAUAUUAUUUUUAGGGAUUACUGAUAUUUUGAAGUGAAUAUAGCUAUAGUGAGGUCCACGUUAUAAUGGCAGUGUUUGAUUAGCAACGGUACUGCUAUCCUUGUCUAUCAUUCACCAAAACGGUUAGCGCUAUCUCUUUCUCGAUUUGCUCUGUUGUUAGCUCGUC